AUGCCACCCUGCCCCGGGGGGAGCGCAGCGGGCAGACGGGCUGAGCAGGCAGGCAGGAGCCUGCGGCAGAGCUUCCAUAGCCACCACCGGCCUGCUGCUUGCCCCACGGUCAUGCUGCUCCUCCUGCACCUGCUGCCUGCCAUGCUGCCCACCGCUGCCCUGGCUGGAUGCACCGGGGCCGGUGCAGAUCGGGAGCUCAUCCUGGCCAAAGUGCGGGCUCAAGUGCUGGAGCAUCUGAGCCCCCCGCUUCUCCAAGAGGAGCCCCUGAAGGAAGCAAGGAGGGUGCACCGGAGAGACAUCCUUGAAAACACUGAAGUGAAGCCCAAGGAGCUGGAGGACACGUCCCAGGUGAUUCUCUUCCCUUCCACAGAUGUGCCCUGUGAGCCCACACAGCCAGACAAGCUGUUCGAGGAAGAAGGGAUUUUCACCUACCUCUUCCAGCCCUCAGUGCACACUCUGAGCCGCAUGGUAACCUCUGCCCAGCUCUGGUUUUACACUGGCCCCUCAGCUGCCCCCAACCACUCAAACCCUGAUGUGCUGACCCUGUCACCACAGGGUCGUGUGCCGGUGACAGCCACGGUGGUGCGGACGCCUGAGCACUGGACAGUAUUUCACUUUGCCCCAGUGUUGCUACCUCAGCUCUCUCAACCACUCUUUGUGCUACUGGUGCGCUGCCCUGGCUGCCCCUGCCUGGCCGAGGGGGACAAGAUGCCCUUCUUGGUGGCCACCACCCGGGCCAAGGGCAGUGAGAGAGCUCGUCGCUCUGCUGUGCCCUGGUCCCCCGCUGCCCUAAGCCUGCUGCAGCGCCCAUCAGAGGACCUGGCUGCCCAUACCAACUGCCGCCGGGCUUCCCUCAACAUCUCCUUUGAGGAGCUAGGCUGGGACAAGUGGAUUGUGCAUCCCAGCAGCUUUGUUUUCCACUACUGCCAUGGGAGCUGCACCGAGGGCCAUGGGCUGAGCCACCGCCUGGGUGUGCAGCUCUGCUGUGCUGCCCUGCCCGGCACCAUGCGCUCCCUGCGCGUCCGCACCACCUCGGACGGUGGGUACUCCUUCAAAUAUGAGACAGUGCCAAAUAUCCUGGCACAGGACUGCACCUGCGUUUAAGGUAUCCUGCAGCUCAGCCCUGGACUGUGAUCCUGCCCAGGAGGAGUCACUUGUCCAGGGUACACCUGGACCCAUGCCACAGGGACCAGAGGGACCUGGUGAAGGGGUUUGGGCUGUGCCACCCCUCCUCUGUAUAAACUGAAGUUUCAGGCUGCCCCAGGCACAGUCACGCUGACAGAUUUGCCCCAGAGCUGUUCCCAUCUUGGAGCAAGCUGGGACAUGGCAGGGCAGGGACAGGCACAGCCUCUGGCAGAACUGCCAAACCCAGCCUGCUGACUGCAACCACCACAGCCCCUCUUUCUUCCCACCUGCUCUCAGGGUAUAGCCUGAUUCCCACACCCCCACAAAGACUGGGGUCCUGUACCAGUCUCCUUGUGGUCCCAGGCAGGACCAGGCUGCCAUAGUGGGGAUCAGGAUGUGCCAGGGUGAGCCCAUGCUGGGAUGGUGCACUGGUAACAGAGCUGGCAGCACGUGUGGCACUGCAAGCGAGCCCUCUCCUAGCAGCAAAGCCUGUUGGAAAGCUUAAUGGGAUGAACAAAAUAAACCUGUUCCCUUUACCAAAA